AUGGUGGAUAAAUUCUUGAAGCAGAAGCAUGGAAGUGAAGUAAUAAAGGAGAUAUGGAAUAAGUUAAAGGCACUCCAGCCAGUCUUGAGACAAUUGAAUGGGAGAGAGUUUCAAUAUAUAGGCCAGAAGAUUGAGAAGACAAGAAGUGAGCUAGUAGAACUUCAAGAGCAGCUAUAUAGCCAGGCAAGGGAUGAGCUAGUUGCUAAAGAGAAGGAGCUACUAAUAAAUAUGGAGAAGUGGUCAAUGAUAGAGGAAAGUGCUUUAAGACAAAAAGCAAGAGCAAGAUGGAUUAAACUGGGAGAUGCAAACAACAAAUACUUUAGUUCAGUGAUAAAGGAGAGAACUCAAAAGAAGCAUAUUAGAAGUAUACUAUAUAUUUAUGGAAGGAUGCUAUAUGAACUCCAAGAGAUUCAACAGGAGUUUGUUAUGUUUUAUAAAAGUCUUAUGGGAUCUUCAGCAGGUAAACUUCCAGCUAUAAAUGCCCAGGUGAUGAAAAGAGGCCCUGUAUUAUCAAAGCAGCAAAGAAUUCAAUUACGCACAGGCAUAAUAGAAUAUGAGAUUUAUACAACAUUGCAGUCUAUUGGGAAUGACAAGCCUCCAGGUAUAGAUGGAUAUAAUGCACAUUUCUUUAAGCAUUCUUGGAAGAUCAUUAAAAAGGAUGUUAUUGAGGCUGUCAAAAGCUUCUUCACAACAGGAAAGUUGUUUAAGCCCUUCAACUGCACUCUUGUAUCUCUAAUUCCAAAGGUUCAAAGUCCUAAAACUGUAAAGGAGUAUAGGCCAAUUGCUUGUUGCACUGUUCUAUACAAAAUCAUUUCUAAGGUGAUAACAAAAAGAAUGCAUGAGGUUAUUCAUACAGUUAUAUGUGAAAGUCAUGCUGGAGUUAUACCAGGGAGGAAGAUUGCAGAUAACAUUAUUAUGGCUUAUGAAUUGGUCAAGGCUUAUACUAGGAGGAAUAUUUCUCCUAGAAGCAUGCUUAAUAUUGAUCUACAGAAAGCCUAUGAUUCAGUUGAAUGGCCUUUCUUAGAACAAGUAAUGGCAAAUCUCACAAAGAGUUCCAUAUACUGUGGUGGAGUUCAAAUGGAGGUUAGGCAACAAAUUAUUCAACAACUUGGUUACACUAUGGAAGAGCUACCUUUUAAAUACUUGGGAGUUCCUCUAUCAACAAAGAAGCUGACUAUAAUCCAGUGUCAUACUGGCUCAACUUUUAUUAUUCCUGCAAAGAUAAUUAAAGUGAUUGAAGGACUAUGUAGAAGAGGGGUUGACUUUGUUACAAAAAAGGCAUUGAUAGCAUGGGAGAAAGUGUGCUGUCCUAAAUGUGAAGGAGGUAUGGGGUUGAUCAAUAUGAAAGUGUGGAAUAGAGCUGCAGUUGCUAAACUUUGUUGGGAUUUAGCUAACAAGGAAGAUAAACUAUGGAUUAAAUGGAUACAUGCAUACAUUAUAAAAGGGCAGAGAGAAUGGAAGAGGACGAAACAUGCAAGCUGGAUGAAACAAAAAGUAAUGAAUGCAAAGAAAAUUGUGGAGCAGGUUCAGCAAGUGCAUGGCAAUAGCAAAGGGAUGAUCAGGCAACUUUAUUGUCACAUGAAGGGAGAUCAACAAAGGCCAGCAUUGACUUGUAUUAUGUUCAACAACGUAGCAAGACCAAAAGCCUACUUUACAAUGUGGAUCAUGAUGAAUCAAAGGCUAGCAACAGUGGACAAAUUGGCUCAGUGGGGAGUUGUAGUAGAGAAGAUAUGUGUGUUGUGCAAGAAUGCUGAUGAGACUGUAAAACAUCUGUUUAUGCAAUGCAACUUUGCCAGGAGAAUGCGGGGGAGGCUGUUAAGCUGGAUAGAGCAACAAAGUAAUGUUCCAAUGACAUGCGAGCAGUUCUUGCAGUGGUGUAUUCAAGAGGACCCAGUAUACCUUGCCAUAGGUAUCAAGCCUGAAGGGUUGACACGUCCACUUGAGGAGCUGGCCGGACAAGAACCUGCAACUCAAAAGCGUCUUAGCAUUGAUGAACCUCAGCAAUCAUCCGCUCUGUGUGCUGGACCAUUUUACACUCCAAGCGCUCCUCCGCCUCAACAAUAG